AUGUCCGACUACGACUCGGAAAGUGUCGACUACCUGCAGGCCGAUUUCGACCCGUGGUCGUUGACCGUGCCCCGCCUACGGUCCAUACUUGUCACCCACGACGUCCCAUAUCCGUCCCAAGCCAAGAAGCCACAGCUAAUUGAGCUCUUCAAUGAGCAUGUGGUGCCACAGUCGAAGAAGCUACUCUCAAAGCGGGCACGCGCGACGCGGACAAGCAGAGGAAUUGUGGAUGCCGAUUCGCAAAGCACUGCAAGCACAGACUUCACCAACGAGCAGGACGUAGCGAUGCCACCCCCUUCUUCCGCGCGGCGAUCCCGAUCGCCCCGGAAAGCGACUCGGGUGAAGCGAGAGCCUGAAGAGACAGACCACAUCCCCGCCGCUCCCCUGGCCCCCCUUCGGGAAAGCCCUCGCAAGAGGCAAUCGCGGUCUGCGAGUGCCCAAAUUCCGACAGCUUCCGACACAGACACGGCGCCCGAGCCUGAGCCGCCUCGGUCUGUGAGGUCUGUUCGCCGAGUGACACCGGCACCCAAACUGGAGCCGGUCGAGGACGAAUUCUUCAAGCGUACCCCAGAGACUGAAGGUGUUUUCAGCGAUGAGAAUCCCUUCCAAAGCGGGGCCAAUUCGCCCCUUUCCCUUUCCGCUGUCAAGACGCCCACCAACCGCCGGAAGACGACUGGCACCGAGUCGCUACUAAAACACACACCAUCCACCGCCCGUCGACGGACGGAUGGCGUCGUGUUUGGCGAUGCGCAGGCGCCCUGUAGCAUGUCUCGGAGUCUUGAGAUUCCCAUCAGCCAUACGACUAAGACGCAAAUCUCCGAGCUCGAGCCUGAUGAGGAGUUUACACCCGAAGAGCAACUCGCGCUCAACCAGGAGGAGAGGACCAACCCCGAGUUGGCGGUCGCCCGCAGAGGCCCCGCUCCCAAACGCAGGUCAGGCUUCUCAACGCCCAUCUGGGUUCUUAUCACCACUCUCUUCGUCGCCUACGCGGCAUGGUACAGGCAGGAGAAGAUUGCCGUUGGAUACUGUGGGCUUGGACGGGAAGCCACGCAGCUCGUUCCACAAAGCAUUCAGCUCCCAGAAUGGGCUUCUGAGAUUGCUUCGAAGCUCGAUAUCCAGAACAUCCAGGUUCCGGAUUGGGCCAGCACUUUGCUCGAGCCGCAAUGCGAGCCUUGCCCUUCCCAUGCAUACUGCUACGAAGAUUUCACGGCUCGCUGUGAACCCGACUUCAUCUUGAAGCCUCACCCGCUGUCCCUCGGCGGCCUUGUUCCUCUCCCGCCUACCUGCGAACCUGACGGAGAGAAGGUCCGCCGUGUCCAGGCUGUCGCAAACAGGGCCGUGGAGGAGCUGCGCGACCGGCGCGCCAAAUAUGAGUGCGGUGAGCCGGUAGGACCCGAAGGCCAGCCGCUAGACAGCCCUGCCAUCGAGGAGCAGGAAUUGAAACAGAUUCUCAGUCAGAAGCGGAGCAAGAGAAUGCCCGCCGAAGAGUUUGAUGAGCUUUGGGUUGCCGCCAUUGGAGAGGUCAAAGCAAAGGAUGAAAUCGAAGUCCAGGUGGAGGAACCUCCAGCUUCCGAAGCCGCCGGUACCCCCGCCUUUCCAAACACCAAGCUAUCGUCAACCUCUCUCGCUCGCCUUUCGUACCCCUGCGCGCUCCGGCGGUCGGUCAAGCUCGGAGUGGCUCGACAUCGACUCAGCAUUGGGGGCCUGAUGCUCUCGCUGCUCUCCAUCCUCUAUGGCCGCCGGCGCUACAUGACCAACCGCGUUCUGGCGGCGCAGGUGCCGGGUCUGGUGGACGAGGUCCUCGACCGCCUGGCCAACCAGAAGGAACUCGCCUUUGAGGGUGGCGACGACGACGCGUUCCUGUUCCUGCCCAACCUCCGCGACGACGUCCUCCGGUCCAUGCACAGCCUCGCCGACCGCGAGCGCCUCUGGCAGCGCGUGCGCGCCGUCGUCGAGCAGAACAGCAACGUCCGCACUGGCCAGCGCGAGGGCCGCAACGGCGAGGUCGGCAGAGCCUGGGAGUGGAUAGGACCCACUCGACUCGGCGGCGUGGGAGAGAGCGAGGGCGGCGCUGGUGCGAGGCGGCGCAAGACUCCGCGCGUCUCGUGGGGGCCGGACCUCAAUGCCUGGACCUCGACACACGCACAGCCGGUGGAGAAGAAGGAAGUGUCGGGUGGUGGGUUGGAGAGGGAGAGGAAGGUGGUGCAGCACCGCAAGUGGGAAGAGGCGAGGCCGAUUUACUGA